AUGAAUUUUCAAGGAAAGCAUAGACGUAUAGCUUUAGGCAGUUCAAUUGGGUUGUUGAUUUUGACUCAAUUGGCUUAAAGAAAUCCUAUAGGAGCUUUACGUAUUGGUGCUUUUACAUUUCCUAUUCUCAGCUAUGUUAUAUGUCCUGAGAUAUACAAUUCCUUAUUAUGA